AGAAAAUGAUUAUUAAUUAGUGGGUUUGUUAUACAAUUCACGUUAAAGCUAUAAAAUAUGAACAAGAAUUUUAUAUAUUAUUAAAAUUCCUAUAUAGCAAGCCAAGCAAUCAUACCAAAUAUGCAGCACAAGUAUUAUGGGAGUGCCUUUCCAUGAGGGGCUAAACCAUCUCCAUGUUCCAUACAAUUGUCAUUUACCAUUAUUUUACUCUAUUAUUUUAACCAACACCAACUAUAUAUUAUAAUUUUUAUAUCCUAUGUAUAACACUCCCUUUGCACGUGCACCUCACACCACCACUCUCUUUCUCUUCACCCUCCUUCACUCCAUAACGUCUCUCUCUCUCUCUCUCUCUCUCUCUCUCUCUCUCCCAAAACCAAAGCUUACCUCAUUCACCUUGCCAACCCCCUCCUUAUCACGAGACUAACGUGCACACCCUCCACCUUCAUAUAAGCACUCAUGGCACCAUCCUUGUCAUCUUUUGCCAUUCUCUUCCCAAACUCCAGCUUCAACCUCCAUUCAUGUCAGAUCACCAUCACCCCCAACAACCUCCCGACCAUGCCAUCUCCGAAUCCAGACGAAAGCCCACCGGAAAGCGUGCUACUACCUCUCCAACGGCAGACCCGGCAGCCUCAAGUGAAUCAGCACCACCAGCUCCAUGUGGAGCCUGUAAGUUCUUGAGGAGGAAGUGUGUUAGUGGAUGCAUCUUUGCACCCCACUUUGGUUCUGACCAAGGAGCUGCUCGGUUCGCUGCGGUUCACAAAGUGUUCGGUGCUAGCAACGUGUCCAAGCUCUUGUUGCAUAUUCCGGUAAACCGGAGACAGGAUGCGGUGGUUACCAUUUCGUAUGAAGCUCAAGCCAGGCUCUCUGAUCCCGUUUAUGGUUGUGUCUCCACCAUCCUUGCUCUACAACAACAGGUGGCUGCAUUACAAUCGGAGCUGGCAAUGGUGCAGAGCCAACUGAUGAACAGUAGGUUUGCAUUUGCAAACGUACUGCAAAACUCACAGCUUCAACAGGCUCAACAGCAAGUAGUGCAAGAGCAGAGCAUUGGGAUGGUGCAGGCUCAGCCGGCAUACUCCGCCAAUAACUCUUCAGCUUCUAUUAAUCACAUCAAUAUAGGCAGCUUCACCUCUACUUUCGAGCUUGCCGGAGCCGAUACUGCACCGUCUUCUCAGAGCUUGGAGCCACUGCAGCUUUCUCGGCCAUCCCAAGAUGAAGAGGAAGAUGAGGAAGAGAGUCGGAUUCCCCAUGUGUUCAUCAAUGAGAUUCUUCACCGCAGAUGAAUAAGUUUUUCAAUAUUAUUGUUAUUAUUAUUAUUAGUAUCUUAAUACCAAAAGAUACAUACAGUUUACAGAAAAGUAUGAAUAUCAGUAUUGCCAUUAUCGCUUUCACAUUAUAUAUUUAUAGACAAAAGCUUUUGUUAUGAUUUCCAAGUAAAAAGUUUGGCAUGCAUGCGAGAGUUUUAUGCUUUGAUUUUAUUAGAAGCCUAAUACAUGAAGAAUGGAAUUAUAAUAUAAAUUUAUAUAUUAAAGAUAACGUAAUAGAAAGUAAAAUGCUAAAAAUUAGUUUAAUCAUAUGGAGAGGUUAAAUAUUAAACAAUGCGGUCACAUUGAGCCGCCUAUUUUAUAACAUCCAACAAUUUUUCAUUUUUUUAUUUUAUUUUAUUUUUUUCAAAAAGGUCAUAAAUGCAUGUCAAUAUACCAAGAAGAAUCUAAGGUAGAGAAAUUAUUAAUUUUUAGGGAAAAAAUAUAUAUGCCCCUUAAUCGAUUUAUUUGAGUGUGAAACGAGACGAAUAGUAAUGAGGGUAGGUUUAGAAAAUGAUGUUUUAAUUACAAAAUUAGGUAUGAGGAAACACCAUUAUUUACCACACUUAAAGAAUGAGAAUGAUAGACAAUAAUUUUCACUAAAAAAAUGGAAAAUUAAACACAAAAUUAAGAACCCAUUGCAAAAGUUUAUUAUUUUCUAAAGAUAUGCCUAUAAAUCACAGAAAAGAAUAAACAAAUUAAAGGAAAAAAAAAA